UAGUACAUACCCCAUUCCGAUAAACCCUGCUCGGGGACUGCUGAGAAGUAUCGAGAAAAAUGCUUACAACUAUAAAAUUAACAACCAUGGCGUCGAGCCCUGUUAUAUUUGGCAGCCACGUCAAGCCCACUUUCCAUAGAGUCAACCUGGCCAGAGUCAAGGAACCAGAUUCUCUUGGGAACCCUUGUAAUAGAAGCUUUUCACCAUCUACAUUUCAGUGUAAUCUUCGCAAAAAAUUCUCUACAGAAUUGGGGUUUUUUGGGAAAGGGUCACGGAUAUCGGGUCAUAAUAGAUUUCGGGUUGAGUCCACCUCCAGCGGUGGUGGAAGUGGUGGUUCCGACUCUGGAAGUUCUGGAGGAGGUGGUGGUGAUGGUGGCGGCGACGGCGGAAAGAAAUGGUCGUUUGUUUCAUGGUAUUUGACUCUUCUUGAAGCACACCCUGUAUGGACAAAAGCAGUGACAUCUGCACUUUUGACUUUCGUUGGAGACUUGAUAUGCCAGGUUGUAAUCGAUCAAGUGCCAUCUUUGGAUCUGAAACGGGUAUCUCUUUUCACUCUUCUUGGACUGGUUUUGGUUGGACCCACAUUGCACUUCUGGUACUUAUACUUGAGUAAAUUGGUAACAAUGACUGGAGCUUCUGGUGCUUUUGUGCGCCUCAUAAUCGAUCAGUUUAUAUUUGCUCCGGCUUUUAUUGGAGUUUUUCUAUCAACAUUGGUGACAUUAGAGGGGAGGCCAUCCCAGGUUAUGCCAAAGCUUCAGCAGGAGUGGGUAUCUUCGGUAAUUGCAAAUUGGCAGCUAUGGAUACCUUUUCAAUUUCUCAACUUCCGUUUUGUCCCUCAACAAUUUCAGGUCCUUGCAGCUAACUUUAUUGCAUUGGUGUGGAAUGUAAUUCUAUCCUAUAAAGCUCACAAAGAAGUAAUUGCAAAAUAGAUUUCUCAUCAGGGCUCGAAUGGUGUAUGUUGGCAUGCAGCAGCACAGUUUUUUGGUUAAUUUUAAUGUCUUUUUUGUUCUUUUGUGUCAAUUUGAGUUUGCAUUUUCUUGUUGAUAUGGAAUCCAAGUAGUAAAAUGAUUCAAAAUACUAAUUCGGCCUCUUAACUCUUUAUUUGACAUCUAAAAAGUAGUUGAGAUUUCGUUUUGGAGUC